CGGCAGUCAAAGCUACACAAUAGUUUUAAGUGAUAAAAAUAAGAAUUUUAUUUUAAAAAUUUUCAAAUAGCUGAAGUCUAAUCGCGUAACUAAGAUCCCAACAUGGAUUCCAUGCGCACCCGAAACGCUGCUAAGAUAAAGUGCACAAUUCCGCAACAAACUGUGAAGAACGAAAAAGAUGAUGUAAUGUUCACGGAAGAUGAAAAAAAGACUAUUGCUGAGCUGAAGCAGUUGUAUUUGGAAACCAUCAAGUUGGACGUUGACUUGCAGCGUGACAUUUACAAUAUGGAGAAAUCCUAUGAAGUUAAACAUAACGAGAUAUUUGAUAAACGCAAGAAGAUUUUGGAAUCUUGCAGAGAGUUUAAGAAGCAAAACCACGGUGAUGCGAGUCCUAAUGAAAACGUGACCAACUUUUGGUUAAAGGUAUUGAAGGCUUCAUAUACUGAGUUUAUUAGCAAGAAAGACGAAAAGAUACUUUCGAAUCUUUGCGAUAUACGCGCCAAGCUAUUUAAUGAGCCUACUGUCAAAUUCAUCAUUGAGUUUCACUUUGAGCCAAAUGAGUACAUUGCGAAUCGUGUUUUAACUAAGACAUACUUUUUGAAUUGUCUGCCCGAUCCCGACGAUCCACUUUCGUAUGAUGGCGCAGAGAUCUACAAAUGCGAGGGCUGUCGCAUUGAGUGGAAGCAGGCCAAGGACCGCGAGAAGAAAGAUACUACUUCGUUCUUCGAUUUCUUUUCGCCACCCACCUUGCCAGAGGACACUGAUGAUCCGAAUUAUUGUGAUAUUAAUGCCAUAUUGCAAAAUGAUUUUGAACUUGGCUUUUAUCUCAAGGAGCGCGUCAUACCGAAGGCUGUAAUAUUCUUUACCGGCGAGAUUGCCGACUGUCAGAGCUCCGAGGAGUCUGAAUCUGAAACCGAAGAGAGCGAUGAAGAAUCUGAUGCCGAAGAGGAGGAAGAAUCCUCCACUAAUGAUACUGAGAAUGACAAAUAGUUUUAUAUUAAUAAUUGCAAAUAUUACAUUUUUAGACACGCCCUUUUUGAAGAAAAAACGCAACUGAACUAUUCAACUUACUAUACCGGCUACCAAAUAAACAUUUCAUUAUAAUGCAUGAAUAAUAUUUUUCAA